AAGCAACGCUAAAUCACUUUCCAGUGAGACGGUCUGGAGCUAUCAUGUCGUUUAGCUGGUCGGCAAAAGAUCACAAAAGCUACUCCAACCCACCCUCGGCAGGGUUGAAGCGACCACGCAACGACACAGGGAACAAAGUAACAGUGGUGCUCGGCGCGCAGUGGGGAGAUGAAGGAAAAGGAAAAGUUGUCGAUUUGUUGGCGACUGAGUCUGACCUUGUUUGCAGAUGUCAGGGAGGUAACAACGCAGGCCACACGGUUGUAGUGGACGGCAAAGAAUAUGACUUCCACCUUCUCCCCAGCGGGAUCAUCAACACCAAAAGCAUUUCUCUCAUCGGGAAUGGAGUUGUCAUUCAUCUACCAGGCUUGUUCGAGGAGGGCGAUAAGAACGACAAGAAAGGUCUCAAAGGCUGGGAGAAGAGGCUGAUCGUCUCUGACAGAGCUCACCUUGUGUUUGAUUUCCACCAAGUGGUGGAUGGAAUCCAGGAGACACAGAGACAAGCACAGGAGGGAAAGAAUAUUGGAACGACCAAGAAAGGCAUUGGACCGACUUAUUCCAGCAAAGCAUCCCGAACAGGUCUGCGUGUGUGCGACCUCCUGGGAGACUUUAAUGACUUCUCUGCCAGAUUUAGGAACCUUGUCCAGCAGUACCAGUCCAUGUACCCGUCCCUGAUCGCAGAUGUCGAGGCUCAGCUGAAAGAACUCAAGGAGUACGGAGAGAGGUUGCGGCCGAUGGUGAGAGAUGGAGUCUACUACAUGUAUGAAGCUCUCCAUGGGCCUCCCAAGAAGAUCCUGGUGGAAGGGGCCAACGCUGCCCUGCUGGACAUCGACUUUGGCACAUAUCCUUUUGUGACCUCAUCAAACUGCACCGUGGGAGGAGCCUGUACUGGCCUGGGCAUCCCUCCCCUGAACAUCGGCGAUGUGUUCGGGGUGUCGAAAGCCUACACCACAAGAGUAGGCAUCGGAGCCUUUCCUACAGAGCAGCUCAAUGCUGUGGGGGAACUUCUGCAGACCAGGGGUCACGAGGUGGGCGUGACCACGGGCAGGAAGCGGCGCUGUGGUUGGCUGGAUCUGGUCAUCCUGAGAUACGCACACAUGAUCAACGGCUUCACCGCCAUUGCUUUGACAAAACUUGACAUCCUUGAUGUGUUGGAUGAAAUCAAAGUAGGAGUGGCCUACAAGGUCAAUGGAAAAAGAGUCCCUCAUUUCCCAGCGAACAUGGAAGUUUUGCACAAGGUAGAUGUGGAGUAUGAAACGUUCCCAGGCUGGAAGGCUGACACAUCAGCAGCCAGGAAGUGGAACGACCUUCCGGCCAAGGCCCAGAACUACAUCCGCUUUGUGGAGAACCACAUUGGAGUGCCCAUCAAGUGGGUUGGUGUUGGAAAGUCCAGAGAGUGCAUGAUCCAGAUGUUUUAAAGUGGAUAUCUCUUCCUUUUUAUCCCAACGUAAACACUAAGAUGUGGCGUGAUGUGAUGUAUAGGGUCCCAAUUCUGUCAAUCUCAUUGGCACAUUUAUGGUAACAAUUAGGAAAACAGUGCUGGACAUCAAGCAUUUUACAAGACGUUGACUGUGUUGUCGGAAAAAUGUUAUUCAGUUGAUUUAAAAGUCUAUUUAAUCGCAAAGCAGAGAAAGGGAAGUUUCCCAAGUACUUACGUUACGACACCCUACUGUGUGUAUGAGUUUACAAGAGUUUACACAUUUAUUACAGCAGAUCAUUCAAGCGGCAGUCUGUUUGCACAAUAAACAUGUGUUGGAGUACAACAGUG